GAAACGAAUUGUUGUGAACGAUGGAAGAUAAAUACGUCUAGAAGUGACCGAAAACAAAAGUGAAGUGAAGAAUAUUAAUUAUAUAGACGUUAGACAAAAUUUUAAAAGAUUCACAGAUAGAAUCAAAUAAAGAAGACAACUAGAUCAAGUGUGAAUAAUUUUAAUAAAAAAUUUAAAUGGUUUCGCUAUCAUUUUAAUUCUAAACAUUAGCAGGAGAAUGUUGUUUAAGGAAUUAAGAUUAAAAAUUAAUAAUUAAAAUACCUUAAAAUAAACAAAUUAUUAAAUAAUAUUUAAAAAAGCCUUAAGUGCCAUUUUGCAAAUAAAGUCUGGUUUCUUAAAGUCCUUAAAACAAAAAAUUAAAUUUAUUAAAAAAAAACUACGUGUUUAAAAUCAAAAAACCUUUGUGUCUAUCAAAUUGUCCUCAUACCUUGAUAAUCAAAACAAAAAGUGCAAAAAGAAAAUAAAAAUAAUCCUCUCUAUCAGACAUCCUUAAAAUAUAUACACACAACAACAUUUCAGCAUAAAAAAAACGACCAAAAAAGCACUUGUGUUUUUGCCACUUUUGGGUAUAAAAAGUCUUCAUAAACAGCAAUAAAAAAAGUAAACACCAAAAUAAAACGAAUAUUUAUUUUAGCAACAGUCGCAAAAGUUCUAAAACUGCCUGCACCGUUAAGUUGUUUAGUUUAUUUUUCCUUUAUGUGUUUGUUGUAUUUCGAGAGUAAAUUUUAUACUCCAACACAAACACACCAACUCAUAUCUACUCUGCAUGCCAACCAAAUCAAUUCUACCAAAAAAACUUAAAGGAUAAUAAAUUGUGCAUUUGUAUUAGAAGUAUAUAAGUAUUCGUAAACACAUUCACAGCAACUGCAGCAUUUUAGUUUUCCUACGAUUUUUAUAAGGUGUACAAAGUACAAGUAGAAUCCCCGAAAUAUUCAACCAACCGUAUGUUGAACAAAAAAAUACUACUACGACUAAAAAUAAAAUAAAUGUAUCCAUAUCAAAACAUAAAAGGAAAUUCGUAAAAAAAUAAAACAGAAUUCCAUUGUUUAAGGAAUAAAAAGUGUCAUAUAAACCGGAGAUUUUGAUCAAAAUUAAAAAUAAAUCCUCAACAUCAUCAUUGUCAACAUAUUUUAUGUAUCAGGAUAUAAAGAGACUGUUUGUUAUUUCCAUAUAACUGGUUAAUGUCAUUAGUGCAUGGCCCACUCCUUCUAUAGCCAGCAAACAAAGCUAAACACCAAUAACAACCAAUGGAAUUUCCACAAAAUUGACUGAUUUUUUCGAAAAAAAUAUAUAUUUUACACAAAUUUUGAUACUAACUAAAUAUUUAGAACAUAACAAAAUAUUUAGAUUUUCUAAAAUAUUUUUUCAUCAAAAAAAAAUUUUCCCCCAAAAAAAACCCUUAAAAUAUAGUUAAAACCUAUUACCUUCCCCUGAUCCCGUGAACAAAAUCCUACAACCAAAAAUUGCCUAAAGCCUAAAGGUAUGCAGCGUUGUCCCUAUAUACAUGAGAUGAGAGAACGUUUAUUAAACGAUCAGAAUCGUGAAUCAUUACCUUUGGAACAAAUGGAGCGUGCAAAUCUAUUAGACAAUCGUCAAUCAGCUGAAUUACAACAGGUCGGCACUAUAGUUAAGCUACAUGCCGAUGGGUAUCACACAAGUCCAGCCCAUCAAAGAACACCAUUGGUGCCUAGAGAUCUGGGAGAAGAUUUCAAUUUGGAUUUCGAUGAUGAUUUUCCAAUCGAUGCUAAACGGCCUAAAAAUGCCAAGGUUGUUUAUUCGGUAAAAUCAGAUCCAAAUAAACGAAGUUUUUUACCAGCUAAUAUAACCGUACAUGGCACAUAUCACACCAAUGUUAUAACGGGACCAAUUGAAUUAUGGACAUCGUUGUUCAUUGUAACCAGUUUGGUUUAUGCCAUCAUAUUGAUUGUUGUGUGCAUUGCUUACGUUAUAAGCGAUGUGACCACUCAUCGUCUGCCCGUACUCUAUUAUGAAAGUUUCUUUACGUAUCUGUAUGGUGUCAGCAUACUCUUCCUAUUGUAUGUAUUCUGUUUUCUGUUACAGGAAAGUUCCUGUUGCAAUGGCGGCAACAAUCAACCGAAAUCUCCUAAAAAAGAAAAGAAAUCUAAAAAAGAUAAGGAUCCAGCCGAUUCGAAAGAUGCGAAAGGUACCAAGGAUUCUGGCAAGGGUGGUAAGCCCAGUCCCUAUCAGGAACGGUAUCCAAUUAAGAAACGUGAUUUGGUACGACAUUCUUUAAUACCAACACAGGACUCUCAAGUAGAAGCAGAAGUAGCAGUUACACCAAAAAAUGUACGAAAACGUAAAACCACUCACAGUGAUUUGACACAUGGCAGUUUCUUUUUGCGUGUCGGAGCCAUAGCUUUUGGUUUGGGUGCCAUGAUUUAUAUUGGUUUGGAGUUUGGUUCAUUCUUUGAGAUACCCUUCGAUUCGCCUUGUCAUCACAUUUUGAUUGGUGUCAAUCCUUUGCUGCAGAUGAUUUUCACUUUUAUGCAAAUGUAUUUCAUCUUUAUGAAUGCCAGAACUAGGCCACCAUUCCAGUUGAAUAUUCAUCGUUUUAAAGUUAUAGCCCGUUUUGGCUUAAUGCAUGUAGUGGCCACUAAUAUUUGCGUUUGGAUACGAACACUGGUAAAGGAAUCCCUAUUGGAAAUCACUUUGUAUCAUCAGAAGCGCGAAAAUGAUCCUAACGAUUCGGCUAUAGCACAGUCAAUACGUCAACAUGCUUUGAGACAUGCUGGCACUGUGUUGCGUACUCACAAUGGACCAAAUGAAGAAUUUGAAGUAUUGGAUGGUGAAGACCUAUUACCGGUCAAUGCUUAUAAAACUGAUAAUGUUUUAUCGAAGUUGGUACGCAAGACCGUGGACGGCAUAUCGAAAACUUUGGGGUAUGGCUCGAACGAAGUGGCUGACUUGGCUGCCACCACCUUGAAUACUAUGACUACCACAACUACUAGCACUACAACACGUGCUCCCUUUACAACGCCUAGCUAUCAAUGGCAAAGUACUACUAUGGCACGCAAGUUGAAGAAGUUUAUCACGAGUACCACAGCUGCUACAAUGGGUACAUCGUCCUCCUCUUCGUCAACGACUACAACAACACCCGCCGCUACCACCAGCUCAAGCACAGCUAUGCCCACUACAACACCAUUAACUACAACAACGACCACUGAAUUACCUUACAACACCUAUCAGAACUUAUACUCCUCUGCUUCACCUUUGACCGGUGAAAGUCUGUUGUCAUCCUCUACUGCUGCCGAUACUACGUCUUCAUUCGAUAGUUCCAGUUUGGCCUCUAGCGUUGCUACAUUUUUCAAUAAUCUCAUUUCAAGCACCCCAUCACCAACCACUACUACCACCACUGCCGCCACAACUACCACCACCAUUGCCGCCAAAACCACAGAAAAUUCAUUAAAUCUCAUUAACAAUCUCAUGGAAAAUAGUUUCCAAACCUAUUCCGGCAUCUCCCAUCCCGAAUCAUCUAGUAUCAUGUCAUUUGAAAAUUAUGAAAACUUAGAUAACAUUUAUCCCGCUGCUCUUUCCUCCAACGUUGGUACCCUCAACUCCUCAGCCUGUGGACGCAUAGAUAUUAUGGGUACCAUUGUCUAUGAUUCAGCUCCCUAUUUGUAUCCCUUUAUCAUUGAAUAUUCCCUAAUUGGAGCUGUUGUCCUGUAUGUGAUGUGGAAACAUAUUGGUCGUUAUCCUGGACGUUUGAGUGAUGAUGAUUUGGAACAUCGUCUAGAGGUUAUGUUGUCACGUCGUGCUGUCGCCAUGGCCCAACAAGCUCGUUCGGGACGUGUGGAUUGUGUUGGCUCGUCCAAAGGUUUAUUCUUUGGUCUAUUGUUGUUGGUGGGUGCUAUGAUAUCUUUGAUACUCUUCUUCGUCUUGGUGCGUCAUCAGCAGUUCUCUUUGUUGGCCAUUUAUUUGGCCGAUGCCAGCCAUUGUAUACUUAUGGUGUUUGCUAUAUUGGCUAUUAUAAUAGGAUUUAUCAGAGUCAAGAAUUUGAAAUUCCGCUGUGAAGAACAAUCCAAUCUCAAUGAUAUACUCUUACGCAUUUCGGCCUUUGGCCUCUUUACCUAUUCCGUAUUCUCCGUUAUUUCGGGCAGCUUAAAGGUUUUGGAAAGUGAACCUAGUCUUUUGGUGACUACCACCAGUGGUGUUGCUGUGUUCCAAGUCAUCUUACAAUUACUAUUUAUUGCCGAUGUCUCACGUCGUCGUGUUCAUUUACCCGAACAUGAUCGCAGCAAGCCCGGUCGUCAAAUUGUUACAUUCUUAUUGAUUUGCAAUGUGGCCAUGUUUGCCAUCUAUACAUUUGAAGCUCAAAAAGUAUUCGCCAAUCCCGUUCAAUUGGAUUUCUAUGGUUUCGUACCAUGGGCCAUCAUACAACGUGUUACACUGCCACUCUGCAUUUUCCAUCGUUUCCACAGUGCUGUUACACUAGCUGAAAUCUGGAAGACCACCUAUAAGGCACGUUUGGAGUAAAUUAAAUGCUAAACAACACAGCCGAAACGGAAACUCAACCAACCAUAUUCAAUUAAAAUUAAGAAAUUGGUAAAAA